AACAAUGCUUUUGUUGAUACAAUCUUGGGAAGCGUUGAUUUUGACUAAUUUUGAUCAAAUCCCAUCUUGUUUUAAAAAAAAAAAAGAAAAGAAAAGAAGAUGAAAUCCCAUCUAUAAAUUCACUCACCUCUUCAUCAGUUUUGUCAUCAUUCCAAAACAAAACCUUCUUUCACUCGUCAUACUGAAACUAAACUCACAUCUUCAAGAUUUUUAAAAAAUGGACAAGAAAGAUGAUGGUGCAAAGUCUGGCAAUGUAGCACAAACCGGUGGCACUGGAUCUGGUUCGGGGAAUAUGGUGGCGCCGGGGACUGGAGGUGCAGUUCAGAUACCUCGGGAUGCUUUUGAAGCUACCACUAAGGCUUAUUUUGACAACCUUCAUGCGAAGGAAAAGGCAACUAAGUGAGAAGUAUUAAGUGGUUAAAUAAGAAUGAUCAGCACCUUUGUUGUUAUGCUCCUAUGAUGUGAUUCUCCUAUUAUGAUCACAAUUUAAUUAAAUAAAAUGAGUUAUUAUUUA